AUGGCCGUGUUGCCUGAGCUCGCGGACCAGGAGGCGGUCCUCGGGGCGCUGCUCAGCUCCAACCCCGAACUGGUCAUGGCGGAUCCACAGGAGGUACGGCAGCAGCUUGAGGGGCUGGCGGCGGCGUUGGACGUGUCAUUACCGCGUGUUGCCCGCCUGGCGUCCCGUGUGCCGGCGGUGUGGGAGCGGCCCCCGGAGGAGGCGGCCGGCAGGGUGCGCGAUAUGGCUUCGGAGCUCGGAGUGGGCCUGGACGCGGCGCUGGAUCUGUACUGCAGCCAGCCCGGGAUGUGGGCGGUCAACCACCCUAGCAUCAUCAAGGACAGGCUGGACGUCCUGGCCACCAAGCUGGGGGUACCCCUGGUCGACCUGGUGGGCCUGGUCGGCCGUCAGGCGCUGCUGUGGGCGGUGCCACCACCCCACGUAGCCGUUACCGUGGGGGACGUCGCCGCGGGCUUGGGGCUGACGGCGGCAGAGGCGACGGAGCUGGUGGCGCGGGUGCCGCCGGUGGUGGCGGUGGAGAAGCGGCUGAUGCGUCUGGGCGUGCAAGGUGUAUCUGCCACCACGGGUGUGUCGGUGGCCUCACUGCUCGAACUGCUGCCUCGCAGCCUGGGCUUGGUUUCGGUGCCCACUGAGUUGCUGGCUUCCUCCCUGGAGAAGUUGGCGGCGGACCUGGGCUGCAGGCCCGAGGACAUUGUGAUGCUGAUGACCAAACAGCCCACGUUGCUGUGCGCGCAGUACGGCACCAUCCAAGCGGCGCUGGAGGUUUUGGAGCUGGGUCUCGGCGUGGAUCGUUCCGCCGCGCUGGCGGUGCUGGCGGCGCAGCCGCUGCUCAUGUACGACACCACCGCCGACACUCUUGCGUCCCGUCUGGCGGCUCUGGGCGACACCUUUAAAUUGGGGCCUGACAGCGCGCGGCAGCUGGCGGCGGCGCAGCCCGCGCUGCUCGUGGUAUCCCCCGCGACGUUGCGCUCCGCAGUGAGCCUGUUGGCGGCCUCCACCGGCAGCUCGUUGGCGGAGUGUUUGGAGCUGGCUAAGAGCGAUCCCGGGUCGCUCAUACUGGUGACCCUGCAGGACUCCCUUUUGGAGGCAUGGUCCGCGAGGUUGGGUCUGCCCGCGGAGGCGGUUUCGGCGAUGUUGGCGGCUCAGCCGGCGCUGCUUGAGCUGACGCCGACCACCGUCAAGGCGCGGCUGGAGUCCCUGGCGGCGCUGUUCGCGGUUCCGUUGGGCAUCGCGGCGCAGCUGGCGCUCAAACACGCGGCGCUGGCGGCGGUGCCGCCCAACGCCACCAUCACCCGCGCCAAGAACAUCUCCACGGCCCUCAAGAUCUCCAUGCAGGCAGGUGGCGGUCCGGUCUGGUCCGGUCCGGGUGCCGCCAAUAUCAUCGCCAAGGAGCCGGCCAUGCUUGCCGUACUGGCGUACGGCGCCGCGGAGCUGCGCGGCUCCGGCGUGGCGGAUGACGUGGGCGAGGUUGGCGCCGCGUACGAGUUCUACACCGUGGAUUGGCUGCAGCGGCAGCUGAAGGAGGUGCAGCCAGCUCGGGUCACCAGCUUCGCAGCCCUGGACUCUUAG